CUUAUAUUCCCUAUCUAUCAUGAAGGGGGGUGUAAGGUCUGGACAGUGGCGUGGAAGGCGAAUCAGCCACUGGCACUGAACAAUUAACCAUUAACAAGAACAAGAACAUUUCAAGGGAAGACAUAGUGAAUUGAAUUGUGCAGUAAUGGACAUGGUUCUGCAUUCAGCUUUGUACCCACCAUCUCUGUCUUGUUCCUCUUCUACUACUGGAACAAGAUGGCCCAAUUCCCGGGUUGGUGUUAGUUUGAGUUGGAGGAGCUUGUCCUUGGUGCCUUGUGCACUGAAGGCAUAUUAUGAUUCUGAAUUGGAGAAUAAAAAGCAUCUACUUCUGACCUCUGUCCAAGACACGCAAAGGGGCCUCUUAACAACUCCUGAUCAACGCUCUUGUAUCGAGGAGGCUCUGGUGAGUCUCGAAGGAUGCAACAUUGGCUCUCACCCUAUCAAUCUCUCCAACUUGGAUGGAACAUGGCGCCUCCAGUACACUUCUGCCUCUGAUGUUCUCAUUCUUCUCCAAGCUGCUGCUACUCUUCCUUUCUUUCAAGUUGGACAGAUCUUUCAAAAAUUUGAAUGUCGUGAUCAAUCUAAUGGAGGUGUUAUCCGCAAUGUUGUUCGAUGGAGCAUUCCAAAUUUGUUAGAGGAACAAGAAGGUGCUACACUGCUUGUAUCCGCCAAGUUUAAUGUAGUAUCUGUCCGUAAUAUCUACCUUCAGUUUCAAGAGAUCACAAUCCAAGAUAUAAAUAUUAGUGAAGAGCUGCAGGCUCUAAUAGCUCCAGCAAUACUACCAAGAUCUUUUAUAAGUCUUCAGAUUUUGCAAUUUCUCCGCACUUUCAAAGCUCAAAUCCCUGUGAGGGAUCCAGGAAGGCAAUCAGUUGGAGGACUAUAUUACCUUAGUUAUUUGGAUGAUAAUAUGCUUUUGGGUCGUGCUGUUGGUGGAGGAGGGGUAUUUGUGUUUACGAGAGCCCAAUCUCUCUACUGAUGAGCACCGAGCAGGAGUUAAAACUUGUGUUUGCCAGCAAUAACACUCAAUGAGCCUCUGUUUAUAGAAGUGACCCCAUGGAGAGAGCAAGAAAUUGAUUCAAAGCAUAUAGCGCAUAAGGAAUUCUGCAAAGCUUAUUGAAGAAGGCUAUUAUGUGCAGUUGUCGUGUUGACUUUAGUCGAACUGCUUUUUUGUUUAUGUAUGUAUAUUUGCAUUGUUUGUAUCAAUUUGGUUAUAUAUUGGCAAAGUACGAAGAUGGUGAGUGUUCAAUGUAAGUGAUACAACUCGUGGGAAAAUGAUAAGGAGCCCAGUCCUCGCUAUGUGCAGUGUAGGCAUCUUAUAAUUAUGUUAUGUUGCAUAGGAUAGAUAGUAUUAUGUCUCUUGUUA